AUGCCAAUUCAUUUAUCUUUAGGUGCUGAUAUAGCUGAAGAAGGUCGACUUCUUAACCAUCAACAAAAUAACGGAACAAAUGGACACUAUGCUGAAGCGAAAGGUCAUUUACAAAAUAAUUUACGGAACGCCAACUUGGCAAAAGACCUCAUUCAUAGUGUACCUAUGGUUGAAAGUAUAGUUAAAAAAGAACAUGAUGCUCCUGUAAAGAGUUCUAACGAAAUGGAAAAAUCUUCAAUACCCGACGACAGAUGCCCAAACAAAUUAAAAAGCAUUGAAAUUAGAAAUGCAGAGGCUUUACCAAAGAUCAUCACGAAGAUUGUAAAUAAUGAAAAAGUUAUUCAAACUUCUGACGACGAAUCUUGUGCUAAUAUAUCGACGAAUACAACCAAUUUCGUACUAGAUAGCCUAAAUGACAAUAACAUUAGUUCACUGGAAUUAUCUCAAGAAGAAUAUCCAGAAGACUACCAAAGAAAACAUAGCACUGACUUUUUAUUGGGUCAUAACGUAAGUUCCGAUUUAACACACAUUCGUGAUAAAAAUGAAGACAGAUUACCUGAACGCCAAAAUCCUCGACCUACACAACUUUCCGAACAGAAGUCAACUCCAAUUACACAAGUUUCGGAGGAUGGAAUCGGUAAUUAUAUAGUUUCAGAUGAACAGUCGAGCGGAUAUGAAUCAGCAGGUCGAAAUACAGAGAGUACAGAAAGCCUGAUGAGCAAUCUAGAAAACCAUGAUUUUGGACUGGUUGGAGAUACAAUGAAGUCUAUACAAAACGGAAGUUUUAUUCCUGAAAAAAAUAUAAGUGACAAAAUAAGUGUGAACAAAACCGACUGCAAGCAGACAAUUUGAAUGAAUAAGAUAUUCCUUUAAACGAAGCAAAAGUUUCCUUCAAUAAAAAACCUGAAGGAUAAUUGAAAAUAACUUUUAUAUGUUUAUUUUCUGAAAUCUUGGUUCUUACGAAUAAUGAACUACAAUUCAGGUUAAAAAGAAUUGUUAAUGCAUUUCUAUGCCCCCCCUACGAUAGUAAAGGGGCAUCAUGUUUUCUGGUCUGUGCGCCCGUUUGUUUGUUCGUCUGUCCCGCUUCAGGUUAAAGUUUUUGGUCCAGGUAUAUUUUGAUGAAGUUGAAGUCCAAUCAACCUGCAACUUGGUAUACAUGUUCCUUAUGAUACAUGUAUGAUCUUUCUAAUUUUAAUGUUAAAUUAGAGGUAUGACCCCAACUUCAUGGUCCACUGAACAUAGAAAAUGAUAGUGCGAGUGGGCAUCUGUGUACUGGGGACACAUUCUUGUUAUAACUAAUAAUAAUCGCAUUUAUUGCCAAAUAUGUGUUCAAUGCUGGGGAUCGACUUAAUGUUAUUGAAUUGUUAUGUUACUUUAUUGUAUACUAAGUCAAAAUUAGAAGCGUUAUUUGCUAUAGAACAAUAUAUCAUAAUUAUGAAUACAAUGAGAUAUAAGUUUAUAUGUGUGCUACUUUUAAUUUGAAAUUAACAAUUACUGGUGACCAUAAUGUUUUAUUUUUCUAUGGACUACCUCUUUCUGCCAUUGUAUCCGAUAUGGAGAUAUAUGUGUUUUUAUAUUAUGAAUGAUUUAAUUUUAUUUGCUUACCAUUAUUUACAAUUAUUUAAAAAUAUUGUAUGUUAAUAUACAUGUUUAUAUAAAUUAAAGAAUUUGUUGUUUCGUGUUUGGCUGUGGCUUUGUUUCAUGUAAUUUCUUUGAAGAUUCGUGAUAUCAAACUGAUACCCCCGCAUAAAAGAAAUGAAUAACAAAAUAGUGCAUGUUUGUUCAUUUGUCCGUCUGUCCGUCACAUAACUUAAUUCUAAUCUGAAAAGAAAUUUCAGCCAAAAUGUCGUUGAGAUUAAAAGACGAGUCAAGUGUGAUAUUGAUGGUUUUUGCCAGGGCCGUAACUACCUAUGAGGCAGAGAGAAGGCAACUGCCUCCCCUGAAUUUUCUACACCAAAUCUUUUUUAAGUAAUAAAAUGAAAUAUUGACAAUAUGUACACGAAGAAAUUGAAUUUAAAUUAUAAACAACACAAGUUUACAGUUUAAACAGUGUUAUAAUGAUACGUGAUAGGUGUCAUACCACCAAUUACUUCCUCAAAUUUAGAACGGUGAAAGUAGGCCUACUCGGACAAAAAUAGUGCAUUUGAUGUCAUUGUUUUGCAUGAAUAAAAAGAAUAGAAUAAAAUUGUU